CCCGGCAUGCCCCGCGCCGCCACACCUCCUCUGAUUGGCGCCGAACACCGGAAGUGCUGCGCGAACGACGGGUCCCGGCAGGGCCCGGCGGGGGAUUCCCGGCGCCGGCGGCGGCUCCUCGAUGGCGGCUCCCGCCUGACGCGGCCCGGCCCGGCCCCGAUGGCGGCCGCGGAGGCGCCGCCGCCGCCGCCUCCUCCCACCACGGGCGACGUGAAGCGGCCGGAGGCCGAUGAGUGGUGCGACAGCGGCCUGGGCUCGCUGGGCGAGGGGGCGCUGGGGCCGCUGCCCGCCAGCCCCGGGCCCGACGACAACGCGGAGGCGGCGUCCCCCGGCGCGGAGCCCGGCGCUUGGCUGCGGCACGUCCUGGGCUUCCUCACGGAGGACGGAGACACGGCGCUGCACUUGGCCGUGAUCCACGAGCACGAGGCGUUCCUGGACUCCAUCCUGCAGCACACGGCGGGAAGCGCCUACCUGGACCUGCAGAACGACCUGGGGCAGACCGCGCUGCACCUCGCCGUGAUCCUGGGCCUGGAGAGCUUCGUGCGGAAGCUGCGGGCGGCGGGCGCGGGGCUGCGGGCGCAGGAGCGGGGGGGGCACACGGCGCUGCACCUCGCCUGCCGCGAGGGGCACCCGGCCUGCGCCCGCCUGCUCCUGCCCGGGCACCCCCCCCCCGCGGCGGAGCCCGAGGCGAGGGCUCAGCUCGACAGCGUCAACUACGAUGGUUACACCCCCCUGCACAUCGCGGUGCUGCGCAAGGACGUGGAGAUGGUGGAGCUGCUGCUGAGCGCCGGCGCCGACCUCAACAAACCGGAGCCCAGCUGCGGCCGCAGCCCCCUGCACUUGGCGGUGGAAGCGCAGAGCCCGGAGGUGGCCGAGGUUCUGCUCCGCGCCGGAGCCGACCCCGGCGCCCGCAUGUACGUGGGGUACACGGCGCUGUACAGCGCCCGGCACCGGCCCGACCCCCGCCUGCCCCCCCUGCUGCGGCGCUUCGGGGCGCAGGACCCCCCCAGCGACGAGGACGGCGACAGCAGCGAUGAAGAUGAAGAUGAGGACGAGGAGGAAGAGGAGGAGGAAGAAUACGACGACAUCGUCAUCAACAGCGGCCGCUGCGUGGACUGACCCCCCCUCAGGUCUCCCCCUAUUUAUCUGGGGGCUCCUGGUGCCUGGACUUUAGGGGAGCCCCCCCCAAAAUGUCCCCCCCCACCCCAGUCCUGGGGGUAGCGAUAGAGCAUUUGUAUCAGUUGUACAAUAAAAGGGGCCUUCAGCCUCCUCAGAGCCC